GAGAAAUUAAAGCAGAAAGCCAGUUAGGAAAAGGAAGUAAAUUUUGGUUUACGUGGAAUGUUGCACUAUUAGAUACACAAUUUUAUGAACGAAUGAGUGAUAAAUUAUCUAAUAUAAAGCAAAAACGAAUACUAAUAAUUCACCCUGUUGAAGGUGCGAGAAAUGCUAUGUUGAAAUUUCUUAAAAAAGCUAAAAAAGUCGAUGCAUUCAGUACUUUUGAUGAAGUUAUCAAAGCAGCAAAAGCAUACAGGGAAUGGAGUGAGCAAUCUGCUUAUGAUAUAGUAUUCAUCAGACUUUACGAAAAUAACGAAGAAGAGACCAUGAAAUUGUCAAAAAAAGUAAUUAACAACAUUGGAGGAAUAACUUCCGUUAUUUAUACUCCAAUUACAUGGAAAAAGUUAAUCAAUUUAUGUAUAUUGUAA